AUGGCGGAGCUGCUUUUGUAUACAUCUGUUAUGGUACACAGCCUCUCCAUCAUCGAGACCUGCAGUGUCUCCUCGUGGCCACCUGCCAGAGUGACUGCCCGAAGGUUAACCUCAGGCGGGAAGUGUCCCCGGCAAACUAUCCGUAUUAUUCUGGGUGACAUCAGUGCGGUAUAUGGCUGUGAUAGAGCUGGCUAUGAAAUGUCUGUCGGUCCUCAUGUUAAAGAAGUUGUAAACCUAUUGAUGAAGACUGUUUUGUCAAUGUUUACACCUAAGCUCGUGCCAGAGCCAGAAAAGCCCAAGGUCACGCCCGAGCCAGAAAAGGCGCCAAUUUGGGGUGUUUUCAGCCUUCCUUGGUUUAAACCCAAGCCCACGCCCCAGCCCACGCCCACGCCCGAGCCAGAAAAGGCGCCCACUUGGGUUUUCAGCCUUCCUUGGUUUAAGCCCAAGCCCACGCCACAGCCCACGCCCACGCCCGAGCCAGAAAAGGCGCCCUCUUGGGUUUUCAGCCUUCCUUGGUUUAAGCCCAAGCCCAUGCCCCAGCCCACGCCCACGCCCGAGCCAGAAAAGGCGCCCUCUUGGGUUUUCAGCCUUCCUUGGUUUAAGCCCAAGCCCAUGCCCCAGCCCACGCCCACGCCCACGCCCGAGCCAGAAAAGGCGCCCUCUUGGGUUUUCAGCCUUCCUUGGUUUAAGCCCAAGCCCAUGCCCGGCCCCAUGCCCGGCCCCAUGCCCGAGCCGAUAAAGGCACCCGUUUAG